GCCGCAUGUUGUGAUAUUGUAUUUUUCAUUACGGAUUGCUAUAAAUGAAAAUAAAUUAUAAGAAAAUGAGUUUUUCUUAUACAACGUAACUAAUGUGAUUUCCGUACUUAGUACUUACUGUACUUUAAUUAGACGCUGUUUAAAAAGAUGUAUCGGAAUUCACGUCAGAUAAUAUUGAAGAAAUGGCAUUAUUUAGUAGCUUCACGUCAUCGCUACAGCCAGAAAACAAACGAUUUGUCUAAAAUACGAAAUAUUGGAAUUUUGGCUCAUAUUGAUGCAGGCAAGACAACGACGACCGAGCGGAUGCUGUAUUAUUCCGGGAUGAUUUGUAACAUGGGAGAAGUGCACGACGGAAACACUGUUACCGAUUAUAUGGAUCAAGAAAGAGACAGAGGUAUCACCAUUACUUCGGCUGCAGUCACAUUUCCGUGGAAAAACUGUAACAUAAACCUUGUAGACACUCCCGGUCAUAUUGACUUUACAAUGCAAGUGGAGCAAACAUUAAAUAUUUUGGAUGGUGCAGUUGUUGUGUUGGAUUCAUCUGCAGGCGUUGAAGCACAAACAUUGACUGUUUGGCGACAGGCCGAUAGGUAUGGGAUACCGCGAAUCGUCUAUGCGAACAAGAUGGACCGUGCCGAUGCCUCGCUACCGUUGUGUGUAGAUUUGCUCAAGUCAAAAUUUAACAUCACUCCAUUACUUCUUCAAAUACCAGUAAAAGAAAGUAGCGGUCGUUUCAUCGGUUUGAUUGAUGUAAUUACGAAAACUAUACAAACGUGGCACGGCGCUUGUGGCCAAAAAGUACUUUCUACAGCCGUCGAAGAAAACACCAAACAAUGGGAAAUCAUAUGCAAAAGUAGAGAAACGCUUAUCGGUGAUCUUGCCGAUAUGGAUGACACGAUUGCCAAUUUAUUUUUGGAUAACGGUAUCGAUUCAAUAGAUAGCGAUCAACUGUUGGCAGCCAUCAGACGUGUCUGCUUAUCUCAAAAAGGAAUACCAUUAAUUUGUGGAAGUUCAUAUAAAAAUAUUGGCGUUCAGUCUCUCAUGGACAGUAUUGUAAAUUACUUACCUUCUCCAAUUGAACGCCAUAAUUUGGACGUGUUUAAGGCAUUUGGUUCAUCGUUAUCGGCAAGAGUGUUUAAAAUCGUUCACGAAAAACAAAAAGGGCCAGUAACAUUUUUAAGAAUUUACUCUGGAGAGUUGGAAAAAAGUCAAAAAAUUCAUAACGCUACACAGUCAAAAUCAGAGAAUGUUGGCCGAGUCAUGAUUGCGUACGCCGAUGACUACAACGAAGUAGAAAAGGCACACGCCGGCGCCAUUGUUGCUGUUACUGGUUUAAAAAGUACUGUUUGCGGUGACUUUAUAACAAGUAGCGGCAAUGCAUUAAAGGUUGCUCUCAAGAAAUUAGCGAAUUCAAGUAAUUUGACACAAGAACAAUCUGUCGAGAAACUCGGAGUCGACUUACACGUACCAGAUCCAGUAUUUUUCUGUUCGAUCGAACCUCCAUCUCAGUCUUAUCAAUUAGCGUUGGAAAGUGCUCUGAGUCAAUUACAAAGAGAAGAUCCAAGUUUGAAAGUGCGCUAUGACGAAGAAACAGGUGAAACUAUUUUAGCUGGUAUGGGUGAACUACAUUUGGAAGUAAUUGGCGAAAGAAUCAAGACUGAAUACAAAAUAGCCGUCGAUAUGAGUCGUCCACAAAUUUCGUACAAGGAAGGACUGUUAUCGUCUGCAAAAGAAGAACAUAAACUUGAUUUAAAAAUAGGUUCGACGUUUCACAGCGUUUUUGUAAUAAUGUCAAUAUUAAAAGCCGAACCUAAUAAAAAACUGUUAUCAUUGGAUAAUAGUCCAGAUAACGCGUCUAAUACUGCGGCAAUUCAUUUAAACAAAUUAAACAUCAUAACGUCAAGCGUGAAAGCUGCACUAACUCACGGACCUAAACUGGGAUGUCCCGUUAUCGAUGUACGAUUUGUACUUCAUUGGUUGGAAACGAGUAAAGGAACAUCCGAUACUGUUUUAAGUUCAGCAGUAAACCAAUGUGUCCACAAACUGUUGAAAACUGCUCAGACUAAACUACUCGAGCCCGUCAUGAAUGUUGAAGUGGUGACCGACGAAGAAAACUCAUCGAUCGUAAUAUCUGAUUUUGGACGUCGGAGAGGAUCAAUCCAAGACAUAACAAAUAGAUCUAAUAAUAGAGUAGUGACUGCAUUAGUACCGUUAGCAGAAUUACUAGGCUAUUCCAAAGAUCUCCGAACAAUUACGUCUGGUUCUGCUUCGUUUUCAAUGGAAUUUCACGCUUACCAUGAAGUGUCAUCUAAAGACGAGGCAGAAGCCGUUAAGAAUGUGACCGGAUUCUAUCCAUUUUAAAUGUUGUUGUAACGUGACUUAGGUUUAACGUAGUACUUUAAAUUCUAUUGUUUCAUUUAGUCUUGUCUUAGGAAGUUCCAAUAUGAGGUUUCCCCCCCUUCAUAUCAAUAUUUCAACUUUGAUUCAAGGAGAGUUUGUUGUUUAUCUGAAAAUGUGAAAAUGGAUUCAAAUCUGUUUUUUUCAGAUGUCUUCAUUUAAUAAUUAUCUUACUACAAAUGAAGAACCGUAGCAAGUUUUAUUGUAAAUCGUUGAAAAUCACAGUAAUGAGUAUGAGUUUCCAGAUUGCAAAAAAAGUCAAUUUAUGAAAGAAAAUAACUGAAAACUUGUUAAAUUAGCCGUUUUAAUAAAUAAUUAUAAACAAAAUGUAUUUUACUAACCGAUGACACAUUUCAAUAAAAUACAAAAACUGAAACAAACAUAAUUAGGUGUAAAAAGACAAUAGACACUUAGACACCUAUUGUUUGUA